UCUUAAGACAUUGUAGUGAGACCAUCCUCAAACUGGUUGCUUCUUGGGGAGAAAGAAAGCCCAGUCUUCUUCUUCUUAGGUUAUUGAGUUUGAGAAUUUAGCUUUGUCCUUUUCAGAACUUCCAUGUUUGGUGCUGAGAGAGGCUGGAUAUAUAGCUCUUUUUCAGAUGUUCCAAAUAAGCUAAGUUUUCGAUUUUGACUUUUUCAGUUAAUAAAGAAAAAUGUUCUCAUUUUAUUUUCAAAUGUGUGUGUAGAAUGUAAGCAGGAAUUUAUUGCCAUAAAGAAUGUAGCAAUUCUUUAUGCCAGGUGUUCAAUCUUGACAGUGAGGAAAGGUUCUGAGAGAUGGAUCAAAGGGGCAGCCAGGGGCCAGAUCAUAAACCACCUUGUUGGCCAUAGGAUAGACUUUAGAUUUUGUUGAGUUCUGGCUAUGUGUCUGGAGUUAAGUUUAGCAUUGGCCUUUUUCUCAGAUCCUGGAAAAGGUGAGACUGGCCCAUGUAAGGAGGAUGUGGGGACCAUGAAGGAGCAGUAGUUCUAUCUUUGUGUAUCUCAGACCAGCAAUAUAGGGCUGGGAUGUUACUUUUUUUCCCCUUAACUCUCCCUUCUCAGGAUUUUGUUCUUCGCCAAAAGAGAAAAUUGAAGGAAGGAGGAAUGGCUGUUGGACUUUGUAAAGCCAUGUCCCAGGGGUUAGUGACCUUCAGAGAUGUGGCUGUAGACUUUUCCCAAGAGGAGUGGGAAUGGCUGGACCCAUCUCAGAAGGAUUUAUACCGAGAUGUCAUGUUGGAGAACUACAGGAACUUGGUAUGGCUUGGACUCUCCAUUUCUAAGCCCAACAUGAUUUCCUUAUUGGAGCAAGGGAAGGAACCUUGGAUGGUGGAGAGAGAGAUGUCACAUAGUCAAUGUGCAGACUGGGAGUCUUGGUGUGAAAUUAAGGAAUUAUCUCCAAAAUGGUUCAUUGAUAAAGAAGAAAUAUCCCAGAGGAUGGUAAUGGAAAGGCUUGCAAGUCAUGGCCUUGAAUGCUCCAGUUUCAGAGAAGCCUGGAAAUACGAGGAUGAAUUUGAGCAGAAUCAGGGAAAUAAGGAGGUGCAUUUCAGGCAAGUGACAACUGUUAAGGAAAUCUCUACUGGGAAAAGAGACAAUGAAUACAAUAAUUCUGGGAGAAGCAUUCCACUGAAAUCAGUACUUUUAACACAACAGAGAAUUCCCACACUACAGCAAGUACACAAAUUUGAUAUUUAUGAUAAAAUCUUUCCCCCAAAUUCAGUUAUAAUUGAGUAUAAAAGAAUCCAUGCUGAGAAGGAAUCUUUGAUAGGUAAUGAAUGUGAAGAAUUCAACCAGAGUACACAUUUUAGUAAAGAUACAGGAAUUUCUUCUGGUGAGAAACCUUAUGAAAGUAAUGAUUUUUCAAAUCUCUUAAGUUUCCACUCAUUACUUACUCAACAUCAGACCACUCAUUUUGGAAAAUUACCCCAUGGGUAUGAUGAAUGUGGUGACGCCUUUAGCUGUUAUUCAUUCUUUACUCAACCUCAGAGAAUUCACAAUGGAGAGAAAUCAUAUGCAUGCAAUGACUGUCGAAAAGUCUUUAGCCAUGGUUUCUUUCUAACUGAACAUCAGAGAACUCAUAUUGGAGAGAAACCGUAUGAAUGUAAGGAAUGUAACAAAGCCUUCAGACAGAGUGCACACCUUACUCAACAUCAGAGGAUCCACACUGGAGAGAAACCCUUUGCAUGCAAUGAAUGUGGGAAGGCCUUUAGCCGUUAUGCUUUCCUUGUUGAACAUCAGAGAAUUCACACAGGAGAGAAACCAUAUGAAUGUAAGGAAUGUAACAAAGCCUUCAGACAGAGCGCACAUCUUAAUCAACAUCAGAGGAUUCACACUGGAGAGAAACCCUACGAAUGUAACCAGUGUGGAAAAGCCUUCAGCAGACGCAUAGCUCUUACUCUGCAUCUAAGAAUUCACACAGGAGAGAAACCCUUCAAAUGUAAUGAAUGUGGGAAGACCUUUGGCUAUCGCUCACACCUUAAUCAACAUCAGAGAAUUCAUACCGGAGAAAAGCCCUAUGAGUGCAUUAAAUGUGGGAAGUUCUUUAGAACUGAUUCACAACUUAAUCGACAUCAUAGAAUUCAUACUGGAGAGAGACCAUUUGAAUGCAGUAAAUGUGGAAAAGCCUUCAGUGAUGCUUUAGUUCUAAUUCACCAUAAGAGAAGUCAUGCAGGAGAGAAACCCUAUGAAUGUAACAAAUGUGGGAAGGCCUUCAGCUGUGGCUCAUACCUUAGUCAACAUCAGAGAAUUCAUACUGGAGAGAAACCCUAUGAAUGUAAUGAAUGUGGGAAAGCUUUCCAUCAGAUUUUAUCCCUUAGGUUACACCAGAGAAUUCAUGGUGGAGAAAAACCCUAUAAAUGUAAUGAAUGCGGGAAUAAUUUUAGCUGUGUCUCAGCUCUUAGACGGCAUCAGAGAAUUCAUAAUAGAGAAACCCUCUGAUUAUAACCAGUAUAGGAAAGAGACCAUUUAGUUGACACUCAGUCCUUAUUGGAUAUAAGUGAAUUCUUUGUGGUUAGUAAUUCUAUGAAUGUAGUGCAUAUGGAAAAGCCCUCAGUUCAUGAGCAUACAUUAUUUGAAAUAGCCCGAGUAGCAGUCAUCUAUUACUUUUUGAUCUGUUCUAUACCCCACUAUGUCACCCUCAAUGCAUAUGAUUCUGAUGAAAUUUAAUCAGGACAACAAUGAAUUUGUCACAGGCUGGCCAAUUGUUUUCUCCAACCUAGUGAUUAAUAAGGGAUUGGCAAAUGGCCCUGUCUGGACCAGUAGAGCCCUUUGGGGGUAUUGUUAUGGAUAGUAAGAAAGAUGAUCUUCUCCCACCCCCUGGAAUUGCAAGUUUCAAAGAUUCAAUAAGGUUAAAAAGGUUAACUCACGAGUAGCCUUUUUGCCACUCCAUAAGGAAAGACUUCUCAAGUUGAAAUCCAACACAGAGGAAACUGGAGAUGAGAGAAAGAAAUCUGAUGACAUUGUUUGAUCUGGAUCCUGUCAUGCCUGGUGUCUACACCAUCUUUUACUUUUUUAUUUUUGUAAUCCAAUAAAUUUCAUUUUUUUGCUUAAGUCGAAUUAGAUUUUUGCCUCUUGGAAUUCCGGUACUGACUCACAUACCCUAUGUUUGCUAUACAUGUGAGAAAGCCUUAAUCUCUUAUGUGGCAUAAUUAUUUAUCACAAGGAAAAAACAUUAUGAUGGAACAAGUAUAUGAAACUUGAAUACACAGCCAUCAUAAAGCUGAGAGAAUUGUUAUAUUUUAUUUGUUGAUAAAAUUAAUUUAGUCAUUAUUAGUGUGUUUCACAAUAAGGAUGAAUAUUUUGAAAUUCACCUAGUCAAAUUCCUUAACAGGCUUUCCCUUAAGGAGUUAAAAUCCUUUGUGCCAGUGACUCCGCACAGGCGUAUAAAGAGAGAAUGGAAAGCUGACAGAAUAACGGAUUCAUCAGUUUAAUGAAUGUUCUUCAUCCUAAAAGAACGAUUUGAUUUUCUUCUUUUAGUAUGGGUUUAAACAUAUUGUGUGGCAGAAUAUAAUAAUUGUAAACGAGGUCUUAUUUUGUAGGUGGGCAGUAAAUUUGGUUUAAGGAGUUUGUGAGUAAUGUCUUUGGAACUAGGGAUAUCAGACAAAGACAUUGCUGGCAGACAGAAAGAAUGAGCCGUUUUCAACUAAUGGUUAAAGUAAAGCAGUUGAUGCCUAAAAUUUUGGAGAAUAAAUCAUUAUUCUUCAGAGUAAUGAUGCAGAUGAGGGUGUGGGGCAAUAUAUUCCUAUAUUAUCUCAAUGGGUGUUUGGAGGUAAACUUUGGUUAUAGGGGAACUUAGCUAUCUUGAACAGUUAGAACCAGUUAGAAUCUUGGGUGUUGACUGAACAGUGUAUAAAAACAGUUCAGAACAAAUGAAUUAGGAAAAAAUGAAGGAUUUGUAAAUGUGAAUGGAGCAAAACAAUGACUACUACUUUCAUAACUUGUUUAGCAGUCAAUUUAUAUUUAUAUCUAAUAAAAAUCUGAAAAUUAUUUUUUAAAAUAUUAAGACAAAUUCCCUUAAACAACUUAAACAACAGAUUUAGUAUAACUCAAUACUUCAAACACGAAUAUAAUGAUUAUAAAACAUUGUCAAACUUAUAUUACAUCUAAUCUAAAAUGUAUUAAUAUCAUAAGCUUAACUCAUGUCAUUUUUUUUUCUUGUAUGUCCUAGAAGUACAGGAAUACUUGUUUUAAUAAUUUCUAAGUAUUGAGUAAUAACUUAUUUCAGAAAGUUUCCCAGUCCUAAACUUACCAGUCCUAAAGAAGAAUAAUGAUUCAACUGGUGAAGACCGGUAGAGAGCCUGAGACCAGUUAUUCACUAAUUGAUUUUUGACCUAAGUGUGGCACCUGAUUUUUUUCCUCCAAGGUGACAUAAACCCAAGCCACUGGUUGAUUCUGUUUUUACAGUUAAAUUUCACUUGUAAUGUUGAUAAAAUCUUUUAUAUCCAUGCCUUUUGCAUACAUGUUUAUAUUUUGCGAUCUGAUGUUUUCCUCACAGUGAGGUACUAAAUUUUGUUUGUCUUUACAAGUAUACACCCCCUUAUCUUGUUGUGAUAUAUUGACCUGAUCUGUUUGAAUUAUUGAAAAUUUAUGCUCUGUUAGUAUGUGAUUGUUAUUAGGAUCAUCUAGGGAUUUGUGCUUAUGUGUAUGUGCAUGCAUCUAAAGAAGAUAUGUAUUUCAUUUAAAAUUUUUGUAUUAAGUGCCUACCGUGUGCCAGGCUUUGUUCUAAUCUGGACAAUGAAGAUGCAGUAGUGAACUAAAUAAACAAAAAAUCCCUGUCUUCAUAGAUCUAAUUUCUAAUGAGGAAGACAGACAAUAAAAAAGAUAUAUAGUAAAAUA